CACAUUUGGUCUUGGAUUCAUUCUCCUCUUCUUCUUAAUUAAGGCUCCAUUCAAGCCUCUCUUCAAACCAGGGGCUUCCAAUUACCUCAAUAACCGCUCUCUGCCUUACAUAUACACGGCUAAUCUCAUCCUCUCUCUGCACGUAUUUACGUACCGCAGAAAAGAAUGGGCGGCGAUGAGGAGAACAAGGCUAGCAGAAAGUUCCAGAAAAGCUACUUCGAGGUGCUCGGUUUGUGCUGCACAUCGGAGGUUCCUUUGAUAGAGAAGAUUCUGAAGCCUCUGGACGGAGUUAAGGAUGUCACCGUCAUCGUCCCAACAAGAACCGUGAUCGUUGUUCAUGACAGUCUCGCCAUUUCUCAGCUUCAAAUCGUGAAGGCGCUGAAUCAAGCUCGGCUAGAAGCAAACAUUAGAGUGUACGGAGAGGGCAAUUAUCAGAAAAGAUGGCCAAGCCCGUAUGCAGUUGCUUGUGGUAUAUUUCUUCUAUUGUCAUUCCUCAAAUACGUGUACCCUCCUCUCCGAUGGCUGGCUCUUGGAUCGGUUGUUAUUGGUAUUUGUCCAAUUUUUCUCAAGGGAUUAGCUGCAAUCCGGAGUCGAACCCUUGACGCUAACAUUCUAGUUCUAAUUGCAGUCAUAGGUUCAAUUGCCCUGCAUGAUUACUGGGAAGCUGGCUCAAUUGUCUUCUUAUUUACAAUUGCUCAAUGGCUGGAGUCAAGGGCGAGUCAUAAGGCCACUGCUGUCAUGUCAUCAUUGAUGAACAUGGUUCCUCAAAAGGCUGUGUUUGCUGAAACUGGGGAAGAAGUUGAUGCUGAUCAAGUCAAGGUGAAUACCGUCCUUGCUGUUAAGGCUGGUGAAAUUAUACCCAUUGACGGAAUUGUUGUACAAGGCAAAUGUGACGUAGAUGAGAAAGCAUUAACAGGUGAAUCUUUUCCUGUUCCCAAACAAAAUGAGUCAACUGUUUGGGCUGGUACAAUUAAUCUAAACGGUUAUAUUAACGUUAAAACUACUGCUCUAUCCGAUGACUGUGUGGUGGCUAGAAUGGCAAAGCUUGUAGAAGAAGCCCAAAGCAACAAAUCAAGAAUUCAAAGAUUCAUAGACAGAUGUGCAAAGUUUUACACGCCAGCCAUUGUGGCCAUAUCAGUUAGUUUGGCAGUGGUUCCGGCAAUCUUAAGAGUUCACAAUCAAAAUCAUUGGUUUCACUUGGCAUUGGUUAUUCUGGUAAGUGCAUGUCCAUGUGCACUUAUCCUCUCAACACCAGUUGCCACUUUCUGUGCACUUUCAAAAGCUGCAACAUCUGGGCUCUUAAUCAAAGGGGGAGAGUAUCUUGAAACUCUCUCUAAAGUAAAGAUCGUCGCUUUUGACAAGACAGGGACAAUAACCAGGGGAGAAUUUGUGGUCACAGACUUCCAAUCUCUGUCAGAUGAUGUUAGGCUGGACAAAAUGCUUUACUGGGUUUCAAGCAUUGAGAGUAAGUCAAGUCAUCCAAUGGCAGCUGCACUUGUGGACUAUGGACGGUCACUUUCUGUUGAACCGAAGUCUGAAAGUGUAGAAGAAUUUGAAAACUUUCCAGGAGAAGGCAUACAUGGGAAAAUCGAUGGGAAAGAUGUCUAUGUUGGAAAUAGAAAGAUUGCUCUUCGAGCUGGGUGUCCAACAGUUCCAAGGUUAGAUGUUAACAACUCUAGGGGAGGGACGUCCAUUGGUUACAUAUUCUUGGGAGCCGCUCCUGCUGGAAUUUUUAGUCUCUCAGACGCCUGUCGCACUGGGGUCAAGGAGGCUGUUGACGAGCUCAAGUCAAUGGGAAUUAAAACUGCUAUGCUUACCGGAGACAGUCUCCAAGCAGCCAAAGAUACACAACAUCAGCUAGAUGGUGCUGUGGAGGUAGUUCAUGCGGAACUCCUUCCUGAAGACAAGUCAAGAAUCAUAAAAGACCUUAAAAAAGAAGCACCAACAGCCAUGGUUGGUGAUGGCCUAAAUGAUGCCCCUGCCUUAGCUAUAGCUGAUAUUGGCAUCUCCAUGGGCAUUUCAGGCUCUGCGCUUGCAACUGAGACAGGGCAAAUAAUUCUAAUGUCAAAUGACAUUAGAAAGAUCCCAGAGGUCAUCAGACUCGCAAGAAGAACCCGUAGGAAAGUCAUUGAGAACGUGAUCGUAUCAAUCUUCACCAAGGCUGCCAUACUUGGGUUGGCAUUCGCUGGCUAUCCCCUUGUCUGGGCUGCAGUGCUUGCUGAUGUUGGGACAUGCUUGGUUGUGAUCUUUAACAGCAUGUUGCUUCUCCGUGGAAAGCAGAAGCAUGCAUCAAAGUGUUGCAGCUAUUCCGCUGCAGCACACGUUCACAAACAAGGAAGCAACUCCCCAAGUAAUUGCACUCACUCAUUUCACAGCCACCAGCAUGCUUGUGAUCCAGACACUAGAUCCCUGCCAAUGGCCAAGCCUCGGAGCUGCUGCUCCCGGAAAGGUGCUUCAAAUUGUCACUCAGAACAUGUCCACAAACAACGAAGCAACUCUCCGAGUAGUUGCACUCACUUGUCUCAUAGCCGCUGGUAUGCUUGUGAUUCAGGCUGUAAUUCCCAACCAAUGACCAAGCCUCAGGGCUGCUGUUCCCGGAAAUCUGCUCCAAAUUGUCAAUCUGCAUUGAACCCGGCUGAAGAACAUGGCUCCUGCACACAUCAUGCUCUGCAGGAACAAGAGGCAAAUCUCUGGGAUCUUGAAAGGUGUGACUUAGCCGCUCAACUAUCAGGAUCAAGUAGACCACACAAGCAUGGUUGUUCAGGCCAUUCCCCUCCAAACUCUUGUCCAGAGAACAAAGGCACAAACUUUCUUCAAAGGCACAGCAACCAUUGCAAAACACCUCAUGCUCCGGCACCUUCAUGUAGCAGCAGUAUGGGAAGCCAUCUGAGUCUCACUUCUCCGCCAGACAACUGCCAGAACGCGGCAAGGACUAAAGGCGACUGCCACUUGAGCCGUUGCAAGCAUAGCCACCGGGCUAUUGUUGGUGAAGAAACAGGCAGUGUUGCAGAAGACAGCCGAGUUCACGGCGAAUGCAAGAGCCUCAGGGCACACAAUUGCUCACCAAGCAUCAAUAAAGACAUUGCAGCUACGCAGGCUUGUCUGCAUUUGGAGAAGAGGCAAACUGGUGGGUGCUGCAACAGCUUCAGGAAGGAAUGUUGUGGCAAGAGUGGUGCAAAUUUUGGAGCUGCUACUCUUGGAGGUGGCUUAUCAGAAAUUGUCAUUGAGUAGUUCAGAAAUGGCUGAUCAGCUCGUCUUCUCAACUGCUGCUAGGACAUUUUGGUGCAAAUGUUGUUGUUCGGUCUAUAUAUAUAUAUAUAUUUAAGAGUAACUUAUUAACAAUCAGUGUUGAUGAAUGAAUCAAUUAUUCUACAAGAAGUACAUUUGAGCUUUGAUUA